AUGAACAUGGAAGAGAUUUUUAUCUUUCUGCUGAAUUUGGUCUUCAGUGUUCAAGCCAUUCGAGAGAGUAUCCCCAUGAAGAGUUUGAGCUGCUACAAUGACUACAGCUCCCAGAUGACCUGCACAUGGAUGGAGCAUUCAGAGGCACACGCCCUUGUUGGCAUGUCUCUUUACCAAAGGGAUAAUAUCAUCAUGGAGAACAAUGAGAUGCUUUGUAAACGCCAGACAGAAAAUGACUUACCUGAGGCUCCAGAAUCCUACGUGCACUGGGUUUGCCACACCACUAAAGAAAAUUUUGGCAUAGGUGUGGAUGAUACUUACAGCUUCAAACCUAACAAGAUACUUCGAGCAGAGCUAAAUGUUGUUCUCUUCCAAAAUGUACAGACCCCCCCACCCCAAAACCUGUCAGUCAGCUUGAUGAGAUCAGGAGAUGUCUUGCUGACCUGGAAAGCAGCUGAUGGAAGCCAAGGGCUGGGCAAUGCCCUUGACUAUGAAGUCAGCUACAAACGGGAGUGGGAGUCCUGGGAGGACGCCGUCUCGCUCUCGCUCUCCAACACCACCCUUUGCCAUCUCAGACUCCAGGACCUUGUCCCGGGGAGCAGCUACGUUGCUCGUGUCCGAGCCAGGCUGGGGCAGGCCAGUGGCUCCUCCUGGCCGUCCAGCCAGUGGAGCACGGAAGCCUCCUGGAAGACCCCUGAAGGUGGCCUUCAGCCCAGGAACCUUCGCUGCCUCUUCAACGGUGCAGAUCGUCUGACGUGCAGCUGGGAGGUGAAGAAAGCCAUCACCACCUCUGUCCUCUUUGGCUUGUUCUUCAGGGCCACGCCAACGUCAGCGGAAGAGGAGUGCUCCCCUGUGCAUGAGAAGGAGAUUCCCCACAUCCCAUACGUGGUCCAGAGCUGUGAGAUCCCUGUCAGCAACUCCAGCAGUCAGAGCCAGUACCAAGUGUCUGUGCGGGCCAAGACGGAGGAGAAGGUGAUUGAAGGCUACAAGAACAUUAAGGUGCUGCCGCCUGCAAAUGUGUCAGUAACAGGGACAGAAGACCAAGAGUAUGAACUGAGGUGGACAAAACACACUCUGAGAUACAACUUCAUCAAACAGAGAUACCAAGUGGAGUACUGGAAAAACGACCAGUAUGAAAAGACCCUCCAGAAGUUAGAGAUCAGCAAUGAUGAACCUCCCUUCAUCUUCACCCCGCAGAUGUUGGCCCCAUCUACAGCAUACAGGGGGAGAAUGCGGGCAAGGGUGAACACCCCUCAGGAUUAUGAGGGGCCUUGGAGUGACUGGGGUGAAGAGUUCACCUGGAAGACUGAGAAUGUUCUGCCAGAAGUCCUUCUCCCAGUGAUGCUCCCAGCUCUCAUCAUCCCAUUAUUAAUAGCUGCUUAUUGCAGCUCCAAGUACUUCCUCAGGAAGAAGAAAAUGUGGGAGGAAAAGAUUCCAAACCCCAGCAAGAGUCUCCUCAUCCAGAGCUACCUGGAG